AUGACCGACUUGAACGGAGAAUGUCCCGGUGUCUUCUUGCAGGAGACCCUGUUUCCAACCUCUGGUGGAUUCAUUGAUGGUCGAUACUGCGAGGCAAUCUCUAGUGGAAAUAAUACUUUAUCAUGCUGUUUACCUUGCCCCCUCGCCGAUUGGCGAUAUGCCGAUAACAUUGCGCAACGAGUCGAAGUUGCUAGCUGGAUCAGUGUCGCCAUUCUACCUCUCUGUGUUUUUAUCCUCAUCUCAUACGCUGUCCUUGCUCCCAAAUGGACCAAUCGCCAUUACCUCAGUAUCUGCUUUACAUUGGGAAUCUGCGUCAUGGAGAUUGCCUUUAUCAUCCCCCUCGGCGUCAAACCAAACCAAUGCUACAACGAAAUUACACCUAAUGAUAUGUACAGCGAUCUAUCCUGUGCCUUUUCCGGAUCAAUGCUAUUAUUCGGGGGCUGGUUGGUUUCAUCCGCACUAUCGCGUUUCACUUCCAAGUUUGCUGGGAAGUUGUCUUGGGGCCAAAAUUCAUGUGGGGGGGCCUUCUUGUUUGGAUUUGGCAUCCCCGCUAUUGGCCUCGGCGUCAUGUUGAAGGUGACGGGAGUAUCCUUCCGAUUUGGUGAGAUUUGCCACAUCAAUAUCUACAAGGGAUUACACGAUUACUGGAUCCCGCUUAUGGUCUUCGCCUCCGUCGCUCUGAUAUUACAGGUGUCUACAAUGGCAUACUGUAUCCAUAUCUACCUGCGCUCACUCUUCGACAAGUCCGCUUCAACAAGUGAUAACAGCUCUGGUCUUCCCUCAUACACGGCCAGUGUCCGAACCGUCUCCGCUCGUCAUGCCUGGCGUCGAAUGCAACGCGUGUUACAGUUGCAAUGGCGUGGAGUCACGCUAGUGCUGAUCAUCCUUGGAAACGUGAUCUUCUUCGCCGUUGUAUUCAUCAAGCUGGACAGCGAGGAUAGCCCCACCGCAGCCAAUAUGAAAAAGGCCGAGCCCUGGUUUGAGUGUCUUGCAGCUGGAUACAGUAAGAAGGAAUGCGAGAGCCAAGCGGCAGGCAUGGGUCCUAACGAAGCCACGGUAUUGGCUAUGGUUUAUCUUCUGUCCUUUGUGGGGUUCUGGAAUUUUAUUCUAUUCGCCCGUCCCUUGAUGUUUUCGGGCUGGCUGGAUUUCAUCCGCAGGGCUUUUUCACGACGUCAUGAGUUUAUCUCGGCUGAUGCCAAUGAUCGUUUCGCUGAUGAUAGCAAAGGAUUCGAGAUGUUGACGACGACUGUGAAGACCCCCCCACCCAGAACCUUACAAUAUGCGAUCCCCCAGUCCCGAUCGCAUGGCCGGUCGGAGUCCCGUGGAUAUUCCGAGUCGGAUGAACAGUCUAAAUUCAGUGCAUAG